UCGGCGUAAGCAAAGUAGCUACGCGUCGGUUCAUCCAAACGUAUACCUUGAUACGCGCAAUUCCAGUUGAAUUGCAGCCAGAAGAAGCAAAGUCGACUGUCGAGGUUGAUCCUAUCGGAAGAGAAACAGAUCAGCAUUACAGCGACUAAAUACACGUACCAAUUGCCAACUCACAACCACAAGAAUAAGCAAGCACCACUUGAUAUUGUGCAUCACACGCAGGAUGUUAUUCGAAGACCUUGCCACGGAGCUCGUGGUACAGGUCUAUCUAUCCUGCGCCUCAGUCACCGACGUAACAGCCCUCUCAUCCACCUGCAAGCGUUUCUGCAACAUCUAUUCCUCCUCUCAGAAACUGGCUAUACUCGAAGGCGCAGCCGAGGCGCAAUUCGGUCCCCUACAUGAUCUCACCCAACUCCUUACCCACAACGCCAGCCAGCCCGCACAUAUCGUUCGCUCAGUCCCUUUCUCGCUCGCCUUACUCAAACAAAUUGUCCAGCACGGCCGCGUAGCAGAGAAGUGGUGCGAUAUAUACCCGUUCAAGAAAUGGAAACAUGACUUCGAGAGCCGUCGCCUGCUGACGGCUGAGGAGCGGUACCACGUAAGACGGGCGAUAUAUCGCAUCUGGCUGUACUCGCGCGCCUUUCACACACGCGACCAUCCUCGCGAACUUCGCGCCACGCGCCUCGUGCUCCUGAAGCGCGCCGCCCUUUUGCACAACUGGAGUACAUGGGAACUUGCCGAGAUUGCCGACGUGCACGGCAUCAUGCGCGAAGUCGUUCACAGCAACAUAUGCCCGUCCAACGGCGCGAUCGCCCGCAAAUUCAAGAAACGACACCCAGGAAACGAACACGCCUUGCUCUUCAACAUCCACCUCAACUAUCCGCCCACAGCCCCUCAGGCCUUUAACCCGUUCACCCCAAACCCGUUUUCCACCCACUUCAACAACACAAACACAUAUACGUCUCGCUACGCAGCUUCAAAGUACUCGCUGCAUCCUUCGCACGAGGUCGGCGCCGAGGGCUGGGGCGACGACAUCCCCCACUACUACGUCGUAGAAGACUACCUCAAACUCGAUCCCGCACAGAUUCUGUAUCUCAAGGAGAACGCCCCGCUCAAGGGCAUGGUCGAGGCCUAUGUCAAGAGCCUGUGUCCCGAGUACGACUGGUUCUCGAAUAACGGCGAGACGUGGGUCCAGACGCUCGAGUUUGUGCUGGAUGAGCGCGGCGAGGAUAUCGCAGAGUUUAUGGGGGCUAUUGCUGAGGGAGUCGUGGGUGUUGUGGUGCAGGAAUGAGGGGGUGGACAUGGUUGGCAGGAAUGAGGGUGUGGACAUGUUUGUUUGGAAUGAUGGGGGGUUGUAGGGCUGGUAGUGUGGUUUCAGGGUUAUUCGAAUAAGCAAGGCAAACCAAGGCAAAACUCGUUUGUGCGAUGAGAAAUCUGUGCUUCUAAGCUGUGGUGUCGUGUGUAUAUCAAGAUAGGAC